UACCGGAGCAAAUGUUUAUGUGUUAGCUUGAGCAUUGGCAGAGUGAUUCUGUAACAGUGUGGAAAACAAUGGAAAGCAGCAUGUACCCGUGUUGUAUUGCACCUAUUGAUACAACUUUCCUUCGGGAAAAACCACUCAUAGGUGGGAGAGUUUUAACAGAAGAAAUGGUUUUGAAAUCUUCCAAUGUGAAAUCAUUAACUGCUGUAGAACGUUUAAAUCUCUGGUCUUGUGAUUUAUCUGACAUUACAGUAAUGAAUAAACUACCAAACUUGGAAGUAUGCAGCAUUAGCAGUAAUUUUAUUGAAUCAAUUAAAGACUUCCAGAAUUGUAAAAAGUUACGAGAACUUUAUGUCCGAAAUAACAAUAUUUCAACUCUUGGUGAACUUUGCUAUUUGAAAGAACUACCCAACCUGAAAGUAUUGUGGAUACAGAAAAACCCAAUAUCUGAACUAGAAAACUAUCGGAAUACUGUAAUCCGCACACUACCAAACAUUGAAAAACUUGAUAAUGUUCAUGUGACUGAAGCAGAGAAGGAAACAGCAAAGAAAGAGGGUUUUGAGAUUUGCAUUCCAAAAGAGCCCACUCCGCCAACUAAACAAGAUACUCCAACAUUUUCAAACUGGAGACAAACGAUUGAGCUAUCUAUUGAAGAAAUCAAUAAAGUCCGAAUAGAACAUAACUUGGAACCAUUGCAUAUAGAUAAACUUCUACCACCUAGUCACACUCAUAAAAGGGAUGAGGAAUUUGACAAGAACAAUCAUAUCCUUCAAGCUGUCUUCGAACUUAUCAAGGAAUUGGAUGAAACUUCUUUAAUGGAAAUACAUAAGGACAUUAACUUUCGACUGCAAGCUAUAAGGGCUUAUAAAAACAAGAUUAACAAAUGAUUGCAUUUAUUGUCUGAUAUGUUUAUCAGAAAAGAAGCCUAUUUUCCUGUAUAUUGUGUUGCUUAAUUACCAAAUAUGGUGAAUAUUUUACUGUGUUAUUGACUUGCAAAUUGAUUUGUGUCUCGCCUAUUUUAUGUUAUUUCAAAGGAACUUUGUUACAUAUUCUUUCUUAUUAAUUAGAUGUGCUCAUCUAAUGCUAUCUUGAAACUUUAUUUAUAUGUUUUUAGGUUGCAUAUUUUGCAUUAUUUUCUUACUCCAAGAAAAUUAUUUUUUUACAAGAAAAGCUUUAAAACUGAUAUUUUGAGUACAUUUAAUCAAAGACUUUCAUACUCUUUUUUUGCAUAUUAUGCUUUCAACUGGUUGGCAUUUAAAUUUUAUCUGAUAUAUUAUUUUUGGUCCAAAUAUAUUGGAAAAUGUAUUGUUUUUAAUUGAAUGUGCUUCUCUGAACUGUCAGCAUUGAUUAUUGUCCUCACUUGGUUAUAUCCACUUAGGGAAGCCUCUAAAACUCCAGUCUUUUUCUCACUUCCAAGCCCAUCCAUUAUUUAGCCAUAUCUGAUUCCAUUGGAUUGGCUGACCACAGCUUAAUUAGGGCAAAUACACCUCACAUUUUUAUACCACACAUCAAUCCUCUAACUCAGGGGUCCCAUGGUUAACUAGUCAGAGUUCCAUCAGUUCUAUGAUGACUCUCCUUGUCAGUAAAUGUAUUUCACUGCUGACCUAGCUGAGACACCUGACGAAAAUCAUCCUCUUCCACAGCCCUCCCACGAAGCCUACAAACCAGGCAAAUUUCAAGGGUUCAUUUACUGCUGUGUUACAUGAAAACAGAAUAUUGCCUAUGGUAUGUAAGUAGCAGGUAGCACUCCUGCUGAUAAACUCCCCCAUUUUUGAUGGCUGUUUUGCUUCUAGUUCCUCUCAAAAUAUACACAAAACAAUUCCUCCUAAACUCUUUUCUUUCCUACUUCAUCUGUCUCACAUGUAAACUCUGGUCCCACAACCAUGCCAACUGUUUUAUCUGUCUCACAAUUUUGUAAAUAUAGUUACCAAGGGUAAAGAUUCUUGGUUGUUCCAACACAAGGGAUGAUUGGUUCUGAUAAUGUCACUUGCUUUAAUCUCAAUGUACUCCAGAGCCAGCUCAUCUUUCCUUUUAUGCAUAUGUAUCUAUUCCACUCUGUCAAAUUUUAUGACAGUGUUAUAGAAACUGUUCUAAGCAAGCAUAUCUUUCACUUGUAAUGUAACAAUCCUAGUCCUUUUCAACAGGCCAGACACAAUUGUUACACAUAUCAAGAAAAUAGUAAUGAACAACAUACAACUAAAGCCCUUGAGUUUACCACAAAUUCUCACCCUCACUGUUUGAUGAUCUGUCAUCAUAACCUCACAUAUAUAACAUUGUAAUUGAGAAAAUACUUUGAUCAGUUAGUGACUCACUACAAAGCUCAGGAGUUAUCCCACUGGAAAAUUGCUCACAUUUUUGGGAUAAUGCUGCUGAUGCUGCCACUGCUGCAUAAACAAACACCAUUUAUCAUGAAAUCAAGACCAUUUGGUUAAUUGACAAAGAUUCACUCUCCAACAUGCUACAUCCUUUCACUCUCCAGCCUACACGGGAACUUCUACAUGAUUGCUCAAUCUGUUAGAUACAACAAUCAAAAAGUCCUCCAAAUUUCUCUACAAUCUUAAAGGGAGGACACAUUGGAUAAUGUAGUCCCAAGUCCCCUACACGUAAGAAAAAAAACAAGAUGGUCAUAACUGGAAUGCUUUUGAUCAUUGAUCUGCUCAAUUAGAAUCAAUCUGAGGGUUAAGCAACAACAAAAACCAUUAGCUUACGAGCUUACAGACAUACGGUUUGUUCUUUCCACACUUUCCCAGUACAAUCCAUGUCUCAUUGAUUCAUCAGCCCUCCUUUGCCUCGCACACCUUCAAACUCUGCAGUAUCCAAUUGUAUCUUCCUGGAUCCAUAACCCUCCAAAAUCUAGUCCUUCUUACAUUUUUGUAAAGGAUGUCUGUGUUGUGAAGUUUAUACUAAAUAUCGACUGCCUGGGAAGGUCUAACAAAGGUCAUUGAUAUUGUCCUUUCUCCAGGAACUAUAAUGAAUAAAUAAAUAAAUAAAACUUA